GGAUGGAUGGAUGGACCUGCAAACUAUUCAAAGUGUAAUCUUCCUGUCCUGCAGAGUUUGCUGAGCGCAAUCAGGUGUAGAUAAUGGAUGGAUGCUUGAACUUGCACUGUUCUGGAAACUUAAAACUUAAAGUUACAGCAGAGUCACAUGCAGUGCCAACUAGGCCACCUCAAGAGUACCUCAAGAACCUUAAAGUUCCGGAUCUUCUGUUACAAAAAUCCACCCUCACAACUUUUCCUCAAAAGGUUUUGACGUAGCGUGAUAUGGCUGGGAGUCCUGCUUCUUUUAGGGAUCGAGUGGUCGUGGUCGUCUAGCUCUCCUAAAUGCUCUGUUUGGAGGGACAGGUGACUGCCAUCACUUUCCAAAAGAAAUGGGACAUCCUCCUCUAUGUUCUUCUACCUUUGUUUCUGAGACAACAAUCAUUGGAACAAGCAACACAGUAGAUUAAUGUCAGGUUAAAUAUCUACAUAGCUUGUUUUAUAGUGUUGGGUACUGACACCAUAUUGUUCCUUGAUGGUGUGUUCAAAGCCGCCAAAACACCACAUAUUUGAAGGUCACGCCAAGGACAAGCAGUGGAAGAAAGAGUCUGUCUGUCUUUCCCUCAGUCAGUUUUGUCUCCAGUCUGGACACUCAUUAAUGAGCUUUAUUACACAGCAAUUAAACACUUGGCAUGGUCACUGAUCUGUCACACUCCUGCUCUAACUCUCACACACACAGUUAGGUGAGGAGGAUAACUUUAGCAGAAAAGAAGCCACUGACUGUAAAAGAAGCGUAUUCGCAGAUGUUCCUUUUGAAAGGUUAUGAGUUAACCUACACACAGGUGAUGUAGCUGAUCAGUGCAGUUUGUCUUCACAAUCAGUCUUAAUUAGUUUGGUAGUCAGAAACCUAAAAUCAGAUGCAUAUAUAAAGAUGUAAAGAGCACAAAACGUUAAAGCAAUAAACUCCUGUGUGCUUAUCAGUUGGUUUUAACAGCUUUUAACAGUUUUUCCACUUAUUUUAAGCAAAAAUAUUCAAGUAUAGUUGCGUGAAGUUCUCAUACAGCUGUGGUAAAACUCAACCAUAGUGAUACAGACCAUUCUUGGUUGUAGUUUAAUGCCUGAGUUAGCGCUGCUGUAGUGAUCUGUAGUCUGUUAUACAAAGCGCGCUCUGAGUUUAGCGCCACGGGAACGCGCACAGCUAUAUCCUGUGACUGAAAGCAUCCCGACUUCAUUCACCCCGGAGAUCACAGGACCGCUGGGAGCUGACAUCCAACUCCUCUGGGCUGCAGAGCGGGAAUAUUUUGCUUUUUUUCGUUCGGUAUUACACUUUUCCUCCUCGUAUUCCGGACAGAAUUAGUUGAUUUGGGAGACUGUAUUUGAAGUUUAGGCAAUAAGAAAUGGUAAUAAUUUGUCCACACAAAGUGCCAAGACGCUACAGGCCGCACUAAUGUGUGAUUUUGAACGAAUCACAUUGAGGACAAAAUGAUGGAUGUUACUGGAUGUGUAAAUGCAGAGAAACUUUCCGUACUUCCAUUGGCACCUGCACUUUUGAUACCAAAACGAAGAGCAGCUGGACAUCAACUUGACCUUAGUUAGGUUUCAUUGUUUGAUGAGCUUUCUGCUUCUCACUAGUGGACAAAUGGCUGUGCAACUCUGAGAUUUUUACUUUUUAUUUUUUCAAGCGUGACUUGCAUGAGUUUUUUUGGAAAUUCAACCCCUCUAAUACACACUGAGUGCGGGAGAAGAACGAGUUUGGUGCUCUACUUUUAAUUUCAUUCAGGGAUUUAAAGGUUGUUCUAAGUUUUAAACGCUCUUUCACUGAAGUCGUGGAGGUGGUCUGUCCUCCCGAGGGAUGGUUCUGGGCUUCCGAGUUCAGGGAGCGACAGCCCGGCUCCUUCAGCGGACUCCAUCCUGGUGCCAAUGCAGUGGAUCUGAGAGGAGAUGAAAGUCACGGUCUACCACUUCCUCGCCGGCUACCUCUGCCUUUUACGCGCCGCUGCUGAGGAGUCUCCUCUCCCCCGGGAGCUGCUGGAGCGGCUGUCCCGCAGCGAGAUCCGCAGCAUCAGCGACCUCCAGCGGCUGCUAGAGAUAGACUCCGUAGAGAACGAGGUGAUCGAGGAGACCAAACACAUCUACCACAAGGACUUCUCUCACAGCUUCCCUGACCUGAAGAGAGCUCACACACACACCAGACACCGGAGGAGCACCGUGGUGGAAGAGGCCUUGCCAGCUGUGUGCAAAGUGCGGACAACGAUUUAUGAAAUCCCCCGGAGCCAGGUGGAUCCCACUUCGGCCAACUUCAUCAUCUGGCCUCCCUGCGUCGAGGUGAAACGUUGCACCGGCUGCUGCAACACCAGCAACAUGAGGUGCCAGGCGGCUCGCAAACACCAUCGCACCGUCAAGGUGGCCAAGGUGGAGUACGUGCGACGGCGGCCCAAGCUGAAGGAGGUGCAGGUAAAGCUGGAGGAUCACCUGGAGUGCAUGUGCACCAACAAACGCCACAUCAGCCCAAACUCAGACACAGACAAUGGCAUCAGGUGAAGAGGGACAGAUGAAGGAGUGGAGGAGAGAAAGAAGAAACCGAUAACAUCUUCUGCUUUUGACUUUCUUCACCACCUGCCAUCAAGUGACAGGUUUGAUGGAUCAUAUUUUGCCACGUGAUCUUUGGGAGGUUUGAUUGUGGACCUCAAUUGUACUUUGAAACAUUUGCUAAGGAGGAAAACAUAAAACUUCCAGACACAGAAAUGAUUUCCAGACAGACUGGUGAUUCCUCGACAGAGAAGAAAAGCAAUUAGAUGGUGAAAAUUCAGAAUUCUGGCAGAGCUGAGGUGGCGUCGAGGAUAUCCAAGGACUAAUUUUCUGUGCCGUGCUCCUUCUCCAGAGUAUAAACCGCCCAGCGACUCGGAUUAUAAACUGUGUGGAAUCCUUUCCAGAAACAGUAACUGGGAUUAGGUUUUUGUACUCCAAGAUUUACUCUUCCUCAGCAAAGCACUCACACACAUGCGUGUACUGUAUAUCCUCUUAUUUUUAUAACCUCUCAUUUUCUAUCGCUGUCUGUUUCUAUUUCUGGUAUGUUAUCCGCAUAAAUAGGGGGAAGAUGAUCCUCCUGACAUGUUACUGAUACUAAUAAAA